CACCACCACCGUCCACGCCCCGGCCAUGCUCUCCCUCCUCCCGCCCGCGCGCCUCCGCGCCGCGCCCUCCGACGCCGCCGCCACCGCGCCGCGCCGCCCGGCCGUCAUCCUCCCAGGUCUCGGGAACAACACGGCCGACUACGCGCGCCUGGCCGCGGCGCUGCGGGACGGCCACGGCGUGCCGUCCGUCGUGGCCCGGGUGUCGCGCCCCGACUGGCUCCGCAACGCCGCCGGGCUCGCCGACCCCAGCUACUGGCGGGGCACACUCCGCCCGCGCCCCGUCCUCGACUGGUACCUGGAACGGGUGGAGGAAGCCGUGUCCGAGGCCAAGGAGCUGUGCCCUCCAGAUGGGAAGUUGUCAUUGAUAGGGCAUUCCGCUGGGGGCUGGCUUGCGCGCGUAUACAUGGAGGAAUUCGGGACUUCUGACAUAAGUCUACUGCUCACCCUUGGCAGUCCCCUCCUGCCACCUCCGAAAGGUAUCUCUGGCGUUAUUGACCAAACUAGAGGGCUACUGGACUACGUCGAGAAGAAUUGCGCUCCUGCGGUUUACACGCCAGAACUACGAUACGUGUGCAUCGCUGGAAGGUACAUUCAGGGCGUUCCUCUAACUGGAAACUCCACUGCUACUACAAAUGAGAUUGUUGCAGUGGAUGCACCAUCAGACGGUGCUGAAGCAGUCAUGAUCAGUGCCGAAGACAAAUCCGCUCAAUCGGGCCCCACCUUGCGAGCUCGCUUCGUUGGACAAGGCUACAAACAGGUUUGUGGGCGCGCUGACGUGUGGGGAGACGGUGUUGUCCCCGAAAUGUCUGCACAUCUGGAGGGCGCUCUAAAUAUAAGCUUCGAUGGCGUGUACCAUUCUCCUGUAGGUUCUGAUAAUGAAGCGAGGCCCUGGUAUGGCUCACCGGCGAUUCUCGAGCAGUGGGUGCAUCAUCUCCUCAGUUGAUGCCACAUAAGGUUUACCAGUUCCUAAAGUUUGACAGCAAAAUGGUGUAUUGACUAUUGACAUGUCGUGAGGUAAGUGUUGUACCAGCCAGCCCCAAGAAAGUCAUCAGUGUAGCUCUGUAGUGUACAGAAGAUGCAAGUCCUUUUGUACAGAGCUGCCUCUGUUUUCCUAUUUGACAAAUUGUUAUAUUUCAGAUGCAUUGUAGCUCUGUAAUGUACAGAAGAUGCGAGCUUCAGAUUGUCACAACGU